AUGCGCCAAAGAAACAGAGGUACAAAAUACGAAUGUGAACCUUCCAGAUGUGGAAAACAAUGUAAAUACAAAGAGAAAAACUGUAAAUGUGACUGUUGUGUAAAGAAAUGUACAGAGCAGGCUGACACCUGCAAAGCCCCUCCGUUUCCCCCUCCACAGCCUCUCGGUGAUUCCUCCGGUCAUCAGGAUCACGCCGUCACUCAAGAUAAUGCCGCCCGUACCGAAGCUCUUACCGAAGACAGCAAUUUGCAAUCUUCCUUCGGCCCUUCUUUUUCGCUUCCCCCAGAAACCAUCGCCGCCGUCAUCGUUGCCAUCAUCGUCGCCAUCAUCCUGCUCGACCUGUGCAUCUUCCGCUUCCCGGUGGGCCGCAACAUCCGCGAUUUCCUCGUCCGCAAGAUACCCUUCUGCAUCGCGUUUUACAGCUAA